AUGCCGGCGGUGAAGAAGGAGCUGCCGGGCCGCGAGGACCUGGCUGCGCUGGCCGCCUUCCCCCCGGCGCUGGCCGCGCUGCCGCCGCCGCCCGGCUACCUGGCCCCGCCGCCCGGCGCCGCCGCGCUGCCCGCCGGCCUCGAGGCGCUGCUGGCCCCGCGCGCCGCCCGCCUGGCGCUGCCCCCGGCCGCCGCGCCCGACUUCCAGCCGCUGCUGGACCGCGGCGAGCCGUGCAUCGAGGUGGAGUGCGGCGCCAACCGCGCGCUGCUCUACGUGCGCAAGCUGUGCCAGGGCAGCAAGGGGCCGUCCAUCCGCCACCGCGGCGAGUGGCUCACGCCCAACGAGUUCCAGUUCGUCAGCGGCCGCGAGACGGCCAAGGACUGGAAGCGCAGCAUCCGGCACCGAGGGAAAAGUCUCAAGACGCUCAUGUCCAAAGGCAUUCUGCAGGUGCACCCUCCGAUCUGCGACUGUCCGGGCUGCCGGAUUUCGUGCCCGGUGAACCGGGGUCGGCUGGCAGAUAAGAGGACAGUCGUGCUGCCUCCUGCUCGGUCCCUGAAAAAGGAGCUGACCCCGAGUGAUGGCGACAGUGACGGCAGUGGUCCGGCCUGCGGGCAGCUGGGCUUGAAGCAGGAGAACUCCCGUGUCCGGAUCAUGAAGAGAAGGGUCCACACCCACUGGGAUGUGAACAUUUCCUUCCGCGAGACCUCCUGCAGCCAGGACAGCGACCUCCCCGCCCUCCUAUCCAGCCUGCACCGAAGCCGCCACCUGGUGAUGCCGGAGCAGCAGCACCACCGGAGCCGCUGUGAGUUCCAGAGGGGCGGCGUGGAGAUUGGCCUGGGAGCCUCCGGUGACCUGCUGGGCAAGAGUCUGGGCCGCUCCCCGGUCAGCAGCAGCAGCUGCCCCUUGGAGAAGAGAGCCAGAAGCGAGUCCCCCAGAGAGACUCUGCUGCUGCCGGAGCUGGGGGCUGGCAUGGCCCCGGAGGGACACUACCACCAGCUCGUGUCUGCCCUGAGUGAGGCAGGCACCUUCGAGGACUCCCAGCGUCUGUACCACCUGGGCUUCCCGGGUCACGGUAGGGCCCAUCCCAUGCUCUGGGGUGACCUUGCCCUGUGUCCAGACCCCUUUGAAGCCCUUGCCCUCUGGGCUGUUUCACCAGCCAGCGCUCUGCCCCGGGUCUGCAUGCCCAGACGUCCACUCCGGCUGUGUGCCGCGGCUGUAAAUAACCGAGGCGCGGAGCCGAGGCCCGGGGCGCGCGGGGGCCGGGGCCCGCUGGGAUCGACGCAGGCGGCCGCGCCGGCUGCGCUGCGCUGGGCCGGGCUGCGCGCUGGCACCGGGCCCGGGGCAGGACCCACCUCCGCUCCGCUCCGCUCGCUCGCUCGCUCCUGGCCGAGGCUGGGCUGGGAGCGUGCCCGGGGCCAGCUGUCCCUUGCGGGCGCGGUGGGGGGUCGUGCGGCUCCUGGGCUCUCCUCACCGGAGCCGGAGGUGCCGCCAGCCCCAGGGCCACUGGGCAUGCCUGCACGUCCUGAGGGCCCGGCAGGAGGCCGCCCCCCCCCAGCCCGGCCCCGGGCCCCGCGGCGAGGAUCCCCGGCGGCCUGGACGCGCACCUGCCCCCGCGGCGCAAGCAGGGCCCGGCCUUCCCCGACAGGUACCGUCGGGCGCAGCGGCCGAGGGACGGGGCUUGGGGGGCCCGCACGCCGCGGCGCGCAGCAGCUGCCGCCGCCUCGGGGCCGCGGUCAUGACAGGCGCCCGCGGUCGUGGCCGCCUCCGCGAUUCCUUGGCGCCGUCGGCGGGGCGGGGCGGGCGGGCGGCCCGGGCCGGCCAUCAGCGGGGCCCGCCCGCCCGCCGCCCGCGCCCACCGCCGCCUCCCGCAGGGACCUGCCGCCGCCGCCGCCCCUGCUGCCGCCGCCGCACGUGGCCCUGGGCCCGCCGCUCCGGCCGCCCUUCCUGGCGGCGCCCCCCGCGCUGGGCCCCGGCUUCGGCCUCCCGGGGCCCGUGCCCGUGCCCGCCCCGGCCGACGCGCUGGCCCGGCAGCAGGAGCUCCUGCGGAAGCAGAGCCUGGCCCGGUUGGAGCUGCCGGCCGAGGCGCCCGAGCCGAGGGCCCGAGCCGCCGCCCUGCUGCUGCGCCCCGCCGCCGCCGCCGCCGCCGCCCAGUCCCCGAAGGACGCGGACGGCGAGGACAGCCGCGCCCCGGCCGGCGGAGGGCCCGGCCCCGAGGGGAAGGCGCUCCUCGCCGCGCCCCUGCUGCCCCCGCCGCUGCCGCUCGGCCUGCCCUUCGCCGCCAGCCCCUACGUGCACGCAGGCGCCAUGGGGGGCCUCUUGAUGGACGGAGACGUGGCCGCGGGCCCCGAGGACAUCAGCAAGUGGACCGUGGACGACGUCUGCAGCUUUGUGGGGGGCCUGGCUGGCUGCGGCGAGUACGCACCGGUCUUCAGGGAACAGGGAAUCGAUGGGCAGACGCUGCCCCUGCUGACGGAGGAGCACCUCCUAACCACCAUGGGACUCAAGCUGGGGCCUGCGCUCAAGAUCCGGGCCCAGGUGGCCAAGCGGCUGGGCCGCGUCUUCUACAUGGCCAGCUUCCCUGUGGCCCUGCCGCUGCAGCCGCCCACGCCCGCACUCCACCUUCCCCAGCGGGGACUCGGCUCGGCCGAACAGCCGCCGUCCCCAGCAGCGGCCACCUCACCCUCCGGGGCCGGGCACACACCUGCGGGCCAAGCCUCGCCCAAGCAACAGAACGGGACCCUGUCCCUGCUCCCGGCGCCUGCGGACCCAGCCCAGCCUCUGUGCUAGGUGGUGGUGACGCCCACUCUCCCCUCCACACACACAUACAGCUGCUGCUCUGGAGUUGAGGCGACACAAUGGCACUCAAUGGCACAGGGGAGCCCUGGGCAGGGGGGCAGAGGCACUGCAGACAAACCAAAGAUAAGGGCACUCGUGCCCGCAGACUUGAGUGGGAACUGCUUGUGGAGACCUGGACCCAGGCGACAAGGCAGCAACCCACUUCCCUCCCCACGGCCGCCACACCAGGUAUCAGCACAGCGCUCGGUACUUUCUGGUCUUUUCAUAUUGUAAAAAAAUUAAAAAAAAUAAA